AUGAUGAACUUUGUCCUCCUGGGGAAAACAAGUGCUGGGAAAAGUGCUUCAGGAAACACAAUCCUGGGACGAGAAACAUUUUUAUCCAAAAAUAUAAAGAAUCAAACCCCUGUAGUUCAAGAUAGUUCUGUGUGUAUUGAUGGAGUGAAUUUCAGAGUGUAUGACACACCCGGACUCUUUGAUCCAGAAACAAAGAAUGAAGAUGUGAUGAAACAAUGGCAGUCUCUCCUUCAUUCAGUCCCAUCAGUCCCCACUGUGUUCCUGCUGGUGAUGAAGAUCGACAGAUUCACUGCAGAAGAGAAGAAAACUGUUGAUGUGAUAGAAGAGUUUUUAGGAGAUCAGCGUCUUCAGAACACCUGGAUCCUCUUCACCAGAGGAGAUGAGCUGGAGAGUGAGGGUCUCACUAUAGAAAAAUGUAUAUCAGAGACUGAAGAGCUGAAGAGAGUCAUACAGAGAUUUAACAACAGAUACCACGUCUUCAACAACAUCAAACACGAUCCUGAUCAAGUCAGAAGACUGAUAAAGAAAAUCAGAAGAAAUCAAAGAGUAUGCAAUCACAAGUCAAACUUUCCCAAUCUGUACUGGCCAAGUACGGCAGUCCACGUGUUCAACAACAGAAAUCCUGAAGACCAAACCCAGGUCACUGAUCUACUGGAGAAGAUCGACUCCAUGGUGGCAGUGAAUGGAGGGAGCAGCUACACUAAUGAGAUGUUCCAGAACACAGAGAAAGCUCUACAAGAAGAACAGGAGAGAAUCCUGAAGGAGAAGAAGGAGGAGAUAGAGAGAGAGAAAGAAGAACUGAGAGCCAAACAUGAAGCUGAACUGGAGAAACUGAAGAAGAUGAUGGAGGAGGAACAGCAAAAUCUGGUAAAAAAGAGAAAAGAAAAAGAGGAAGAGUUUCAGAAGAGAGAAGCUCAAAUAAAGGAGACAAAUGAGGAACGAAAGAAAGAGCUGGAUGAAAAACUCAAAGAACAGAGAGAGGCUUUUGAUAAGGAGAUGAAAAAGAAAGACCAGACUCAUAAAGAACAGAUGGAGAAAGAGUUGCAAAACCAGAAAGAAAAAUAUGAGAGGGAGAAAGAAAACAUACGGAAGCAGAAAGAGGAGAUGGCAAGGCGGGAGGCAGAAAAGAAAUUAUGCACCGAACUAGACGAAAAAACAAAAGCCACUAGAGCAGGAGGAUCAGUGGGAGGGGCAGUGGGAGGAGCAGUGGGAGGAGCAUUAGGACUCAUAGGGGGACCAAUAGGAUUAGCACAAGGAGGAGCAGUGGGAGGAGCAUUAGGAUGCAUAGGGGGACCAAUAGGAUUAGCACAAGGAGGAGCAGUGGGAGGAGCAUUAGGACGCAUAGGGGGACCAACAGGAUUAGCACAAGGAGGAGCAGUGGGAGGAGCAUUAGGAUGCAUAGGGGGACCAAUAGGAUUAGCACAAGGAGGAGCAGUGGGAGGAGCAUUAGGACGCAUAGGGGGACCAACAGGAUUAGCACAAGGAGGAGCAGUGGGAGGAGCAUUAGGACUCAUAGGGGGACCAAUAGGAGUAGCACAAGGAGUAGCAGUAGGAGGAGCAAUAGGAGGAGCAAUAGGGUCGCUUUUUGGUAGUAUUUUUAAACGUUAGAGGAUAAUAUUAAAACAGUCUGUGUAUGUCGGGGUAAAUGCGUGACUUAAAUGCUUGACGGAACAUAAAUGGUUAUUGGACAAAUAAAAUACGUAUGAAAAUGUGCUGAAUAUUAAGAU